CUAGAAACCAAGAUGUUGAUGACCAAUAAACAAGAUGGUGACGACCAGAAAACAAGAUGGGGAUGUCUAGAAACCAAGACGGUGACGACUAGAAAUCAAGACGGUGACGACUAGAAACCAAGAUGGUGACGACCAAAAACCAAGAUGGUGAAGACUAGCAAUCAAGACGGUGACGACUAGAAACCAAGAUUAUGACGACUGGAAACCAAGAUGGUGACGACCAAAAAACAAGAUGGGGAUGUCUAGAAACCGAGAUGGUGAAAGCCUGAGUUACAGAAGGAGGAUCCCUGAAGGAUGACGUCAGUGAGCUGCAGACAGAAGGUAAAAGCAGCAGCUCAGAGUUUCAGCUCAGUGAGGAGAGCAGCACCUCACACACUCUGGAUCUCUGUAUUAUACACAUUGAUAUAGGACGCUCAGUUUGGAUCAUCUGUCUAAUGUGUUCUCAUGAUGAAGAAAAUGUGUUCACUGUUAUUGCCAUGUUUAAAGUGACAUCUACAUCCAGGUAAUGCAUUGCUCAUGUUGUGAUGCUUGAAGAACCACAGGAGGAUCAUGGUUAACUCUACAGAAGCUUCAUAUUUCAUACUGACUGCAUACUCUGACACAGGUUUUUUUAAAUACCUUUAUUUCCUGAUCAUUCUUGCUUUGUAUAUUUGUAUUAUAGGUGCCAACGUGUUGCUGAUUGUGGUUAUCUGUGUGAACAGGAGCUUACAUGAACCUAUGUACCUUUUUCUGUGCAGCCUGUUUGUAAAUGAACUGUAUGGUAGUACAGGGUUGUUUCCAUUCCUUCUGGUUCAGAUCCUCUCUGACAUUCACACUGUUUCUGCUCCGCUCUGCUUCCUGCAGAUUGUUUGUAUUUAUUCAUAUGCAAGUAUACAAUUUAGUAAUUUAGCCGUCAUGUCUUAUGACAGAUAUCUUGCUAUCUGUAAUCCUCUGCAAUAUAACACUCGUAUGACUUCUAACAGGGUUGUCUUUCUUAUUGCAGUAUCAUGGUUAUAUCCAUUUAUUGCCAUUUGGAUUAUGGUGUCUCUGACUCUUUCUCUGCAGCUGUGUGGGAACAUCAUUAACAAAGUUUACUGUGAUAACUUCUCCAUUGUUAAGCUGGCCUGCUCUGACACUACAGUCAAUAAUGUGUAUGGAAUCAUUAUUACUUUUUUCUUAAUCAUGUUUCCUGUUUCUCUCACUUUGAUCUCGUACAUGAGGAUCCUCAGAGUGUGUUUCUCUGGCUCCAAACAGACCAGACAGAAAGCUCUCAGUACCUGCACACCUCACCUCGCUUCCCUCCUUAAUGUGUCUUUUGGCUCUUGCUUUGAAGUAUUACAGAACAGAUUUGACAUGAAAUAUGUGCCGAAUAUGCUGCGCAUUGUAUUGUCAUUAUAUUGGCUCAGCUGCCAGCCUCUCUUUACCCCAGUCCUGUACGGGCUGAAGAUGUCUAAAAUCUGCAUCAUAUGUAAGCGCCUGUUGUACGGAGAAGUGUAGGUCAUCAAGAGAUUGCAGAGAAAGAGAAUGAAAGGACCCUGACUUCAGCAGUAUUAACUCUAAUGACGUGUCUCGUUCACUGUGUGCAGAGGAAGGAAAUGAAACGUGCAGAUGUACAUGUGCUGAGCUUGAUGCUGCUCUCUCUUUCUGUUUCUUCUCUUGCUUUUCACUUUUCAUAUCAGCCUCAGUGAUUUUAGGAGAACCCUGAAAGGUCCAUGAGUCCGGACGUUAGGAGUGAAACUGAAUUUAAAGCUGAAUGAAGCUCCUCGCUGUGAACAGACACAGAGCAGCUUCAUAUCAACUAUGUUCCCAAUAUGUUGACAAUAUGUUCACCUUCGUCUUCUCUCACAUGUAAUGUGUCCCAAAUAUACAUCCUGUGUAAGAAUCUGCUGCUA